AUGCUGCGUCGUCCACGUGUUUGCCAUGCUGCUCGUGUCGUGUUGCAGCCGGCAUGUCGUCUUUGGUCCCCUUAUCGGGCAGACGGAGCCUUGGCCGACGCAAGAGGCGUCCUUGGAUGGGCGAUUCGCAUCAAACCUGCAAAGAUCGAUGGCUGCAGCAUCGAUGGCAGCACCGUCGAAUCUUCGGAGCAACAGGCCACACGGCCAGGCAAGUCCUUCAUGGACGAUGCUAAGGCAUCAAACCCGCAAUGCAUCCAUGGCAAUACCGUCGAGUCUUCCGAGCAAUAG